UCUCCUCAAUUAGAAGAAGAAGAAGGCACUUUACUUACUUGAGUGUCAGUCACAUCAACGCCCACCAGCACCACAUCUAUAUUACAUGCAUACAAUCCAGCCUGUCUAGAUAUAUACAUAUACACACAUACGAUUCCUACAAUUCCCAUCUUUCCUUCCUUCCUUCCUUCCUUCCUUCGUCUUCUUCUCCCAUAGUCUUCUGAUUUGAACCGAACAAUCCAGAAAGAUAUGUCCUUCUCAUGCGGUCUCGAAUGCGUGCUUUUAAUCGGCUGCACCCGUUGGGCCUGCAAGCGCUGCACCUACGUCGGUUCCGACGAUAGCGCCACCUGGACUUUGGCUACACCUGAGGAGUUCGAGCCUGUGCCCCGCAUCUGCCGCCUCAUCCUCGCCGUCUACGAACCUGACCUCCGCAACCCCCAGUUCCCCCCCUCCGGCGGCUACGGACUCAACCCUGACUGGGUCGUCAAGCGCGUCACCUACGAGCAAACCCAUGGUCAUGCGCCACCUUACCUCAUUUACUGCGACCGCGAACGCCGCGAGAUCGUCCUCGCCAUCCGCGGCCUUAAUCUCUCCAAAGAGAGCGACUACAAACUUCUUUUGGACAACCAGUUGGGUAUGCAGAUGUUCGACGGCGGCUACGUCCACCACGGCCUCUUGAAUUCGGCGAUCUGGAUUCUCAACCACGAGUCCGACACCCUCAGCCGGCUCUGGGUAGAGAAUGGCUGCGACUACGAUAUGAUAUUCACCGGACAUUCGCUCGGCUCUGGAGUGGCCUCUCUUUUGACCGUGAUCGUGGUGAACCACCGGGACCGGGCAUUCGCCGGCAUCGCGAGGAAUAAGAUCCGCUGCUACGCGGUUGCACCCGCCAGGUGUAUGUCGCUCAAUCUGGCUGUCAAGUAUGCGGAUGUGAUAUACUCCAUCGUCUUGCAGGAUGAUUUCUUACCAAGAACAGCCACCCCCUUGGAAGAUAUAUUCAAAUCUAUCUUCUGCUUGCCCUGCUUGUUAUUUUUCGUUUGCUUGAGGGAUACCUUCAUCCCAGAAGGUAGAAAGCUUGAGGAUCCAAGAAGACUUUAUGCACCUGGAAGAAUGUACCAUAUCGUAGAGAGAAAAUUUUGCAGAUGCGGGAGGUUUCCUCCAGAGGUCAGAACAGCCAUUCCUGUUGAAGGGAGAUUUGAACAUAUUGUCUUGUCCUGUAAUGCAACGUCUGAUCAUGCAAUUGUUUGGAUAGAAAGAGAAGCAGAAAAGGCUCUACAAAGAAUGAAGGAAAGCAUUCCCCAGACGGUAACAACUGCUCCAAAAAUACAGAAACUCGAGAGGUUGCAGACCAUUGAAAAAGAACACAGAGAUGCGCUGGAAAGAGCUGUCAGUUUGAAUGUGCCUCACGCCGUGACUGCCCCUGAGGUGGAGGAGGUACUAUCUCAGAACAACGAAGCAGAGUCAUCGGUGAGUCAGAAUGAAGACGCCUUAAAAACCGAGUCAAAGUCCACUGGUGAAGGGGCCCAAUGGAAUGAAGUGGUUGAAAAGCUUUUUAAGAAGAAUGAAUCGGGAGAACUGCAUCCACGUCCAAAAAGAGAAGCACAUACGCCACAAUAACAGCAAUUAUUUUUUCUCCGCUCAUUUUUCGUCUUUGUUGUAAGUUAGAGAUUAGGUGUCCGUAUUUGUUUGGUUUUGGGUUCUCGGACACAUUUGUACAUCUCUAUUGUAGAAAAGAAUUCUCGCGAUGAUUUUUACAAAAGUUUUACUACAUACAAACACAGUCUCGUACUAA